UCUACGAAAUUAAGAAGGGAAACCUUGAAAAAAAAACUGAAAUCAUUUCCCAUCCCGAACUGAAUUAACAAUAAAGCCAGAAAAUUUCAAAACCUUAUUAUUAAAAAAGGAACCGUUUUCUCUGCACACGUGAUGUUUAAUCUUUCAUUUGGAGACAAGGAGCAUGAAAACAAAAGGCCUGGACCAGCAACGUGAUACAACAUUGGUUUAAACUUCAGAAGUGGCCUCAGAUGGCCCACAGAAAGUCAAAGUUACUGCUCUGGAUUGUGUCUGUGUGCGCCUCACACUUUAUCGGCGGCGAAGUUGACGUUUAGGUGGGAUUCCUGGUAACACAACGAAGGGAAACAAACCACAACUGCAUUGUACUCCGAGUAGCAGUGAACUUUGAGGCGGAAAAGUUAAGUGGUCGCACCCACAUCCCGCGGCGGUGAAGUUGUCUGCAUUCACAGGAACGCGGGGCUUGUUGGGCAAGUCGCGGAGCUUGUCGCCACCACCGGGCACGGAUCGAGCAUUGAAGGGUGAGGCAAGCGUGUUCUGCUUUGUGAGGCAUUUUGAGGAGCGACGUCACUAGCGCCUUGAGUAACUUAUCUGCGAGUCGGAUGUCUCGGGGAGUCCGGGAGUGGGAGGAAUGUAAGACGUGCUUAUGUGACCUGGCCUGUUUGACUUCUGCCAUCUUUUGAGGCAUUCUGAGCUGCACUGCCUCAAAGGCCAUUAGUUCCUUUAGUUCUGCAGUCUCAUCAACUCCUGCCUAAUUCUACCACCCAUCCACACUCAGGAUAAUUUACACUGCCAAUUAACCUACCAACCCACAUGUCAUUGGGAUGUUGGAGGAAACCAGAGCACCAAGAGGAAGCCCAUGAAUUCACAGGAGAAUGUGCAAACUCCACACGGGCAAUACCCAAGGACCUGCUUCCCAUUUCUGGUAUAUUGAAUACAGUAAUUCUCAGAACUAUGCAGGACAUUGCUUCUAAUAUGUGUGCAGUUACUCCUAAUUAAAUACCUAAGAAAUCGUCAAUAUGGUUUGUUGGCAUAGUGAGUCGUUUCCAUUGCUGCUCCUGAUAAUGCUUACAAACCACAAGGGUCUAUCACAACAGCUUAAGUGCAGUUAUUUAACCAGGCCCAAUACUAUAAUCGAUGUUAAAACUGCUCUGGCAAAAGGGAUGAAGAGCUUGGCCCCAUUCUACAAAGAUACAAAGGAGGAGUGCCUUAAUGAGUGUUGUAGUGACCUACCUAUAAAAGGAGGAUAUCCUUGCAAUUUUAUGACAUUUGCUCCCACAAAGACAUAUUCCCCGAAUUGCUAUCUUUUUUAUUGUUCAGACAAAGAUGCUUGUCCAAUGAUUCAUUUAAAUGGAUACAUCAGCUACGUUAUUGAAAAUGAUCAAGUGAAUGUGAAAGCAGUGGAUAUGUCUGUGAGGAAAUUGCAUUCCCAGAGCGGGGAAAAAUCUUCAGAUAAUGGAAUUCCAACUGAUAUUGAAACUUUAGCACCUGGUCUUUCUUCCAGUCGAAUAACAAUCAACUUUCUCCCACCAACCACCAUUCACUCUAGAACCAAGCAGCCCAUGGCCGGCACCACCUUCAAAGUACCCACAGUUUUAUUAACAACUUCCACUCAAACUACAUCUUCCACUCCAGUAACAACCACACAGUUACCUGUGACUACAAGCUUUUCAGUGACAACAAAGAAGUCAACAGCAACCACCACACUCCUAAAUAGUCUCUUAUUGACAUCUGCCAAGUCAUUGCCAACCACUGUUUUCCCAAUAAUGCUAUCAACACCGACAAGAACUGCUGCUGUCCCCACCACUUUGCUGGUGACUCCUACCAUGACCCAAGCAAUCACUUCCAUCACCACAAAACCACUGACAACUUCUACCCUCCAAACUACUCUACAAACCACCACCACUCUUCCAACCACCCUACAAACCACGACUACUCAACCUACAAUGACCACAACCCUCCCAACCACCCUACAAACUACCACCACUCAACCUAUGACCACUACCCUCCCCACCACCCUACAAACCACUACAACUCAAUCUACAAUGACCACUACCCUUCCAACCACCCUACAAACUACCACCACUCAACCUAUGACCACUACCCUCCCCACCACCCUACAAACCACUACAACUCAAUCUACAAUGACCACUACCCUCCCCACCACCCUACAAACCACUACAACUCAAUCUACAAUGACCACUACCCUCCCAACCACCCUACAAACCACUACAACUCAAUCUACAAUGACCACUACCCUCCCAACAACUUUACAGACCACCACUACUCAACCAACCACGAUUACUACUCUUCUAACCCAUCCACAAACCAGCACCACCACUUGGCCAACAACAACCACCACUCUCCCAACCACCACUACUGGACAAACAACUCCUCUCCCAAAAACACAACCAAUGACCACCAUCUUCCUACCAACUACCGACUUAACAACCACUACCAUCACCACUGUCUCGACAAGAAAGUUGAUACCAAAUGUAACUCAGCAAUCCACUGUGUCCAGGAUUCCAGUUGCUAAAACUCCAUUCUUUAGGAUUAUAACUGUAGAGUCAAACAAUGGAAAUAGUAAUAAGAAGGAUGAUGGAGAGAAGGACCAAAGACACAAUUUGGGAGGUCCGAAUGAAUCAGCAGGAAAAAUGGAAGAUUCACGAAUGGAAACUAAAGGUGGACUGAUUGCAGCUUUAUUAUUUGGAUUGUUAUUUCUAACAAUAGUGGUUAUUGUAUUAAGUAAGCAGGUAAUAGAGUCAUUUAACAGAAGGCACUAUACUAAAAUGGAUUUCUUAAUGGAUGGAAUGUAUGUAGAUGCAUGAACUAAAAUAUUCUGGAAAAAAGACUCUUGCAUUAUGAACAAUCAUGGACUUGGAGGAAAUCCCAAAAUGACAAAAGCAUCUACUAUAAAAUUGGUAUGGUUAAUUUUAUCUUUGAAUGUGGAAAAACAACAUGCAUAUAUGGUAAUUUGAAAGGACAUAAGAGGUGCUUUUUAUAUUUUCAAUUUUCAUGAGAACUCAUUUUUAUUGAUAUACUUUUUGGAAUAAUCAGCUUUUUAAAAUUAGAAUCUGAAUGGAAAAUUCUAUAAAUGAUGAAAUACGAUUAAAUCAUUUAUUGAGAAAUUUCAGUACUUUGCUAGAUAAUCCAGAUGCUGAUUCAUUAAGUAUGGAAUUGAUCUUCGUAUUGGUGUAUGGAAUUUGGAGAAGUUGAUUGGAGGUAAAGUGCAAAAUUCCAGCAAGAAUGAUUGAGAAAAGUUUUGAGGUGAUGACAAACAUGUUUAACAUUGGUUUUGUUGUAGGCCUGUUGUGUGACAUUGUGGAGCUAACGUAAACAGAUGGUUUUCCAUGAGGAGCCGAAUUUGAAGAGGCUGUUCCACAGUUCUUUCCAACGGAUGCGUUAGUGAGGUCAAGAAAGGCCAUGUAUAUGACUGGUGCUGCUCCCUGCACUUUUCUUGGAGUGGUUGCAUGGCAAAGAUCAUCUCCACUAGAUGGACAUAGUUCAUGCUAUGGUUCAGGGUGCAGCUCUUCAGGUAGUUAUGAAGACCCUGGCAAUGACUUUCCCUGUGGUUGAAGUGUCUCUUUUCAUGAAGAUGGUCACAAUUAAGGCUUCCCUGAGGUGUUCUGGUAUAUCCUCCUCUUCCCAGAUGUGGGCAAUGAGCUUGUGGAUUUGUGACAUAAGAUCUUCACUGAGUUUUAGAAUUUCAUUGGGAGGUAACGUGUGUUCCUGAGGUCUUAAUAUGUGCAGAUCACUGCUGGAAUCGUUGUGGUUUACCAUUUAUAUUGAGAUUUGAUCUCAAAAUCUCAAUUCUUAAUUCCAUAAGACAUGGGAGCAAAAUUAGGCCAUUCAGCCCAUCGAGUCUGCUCUACCAUUUGAUCAUGGCUGAUGUUAUUUUUUCCCUCUCAAUCCCCUUCUCCCCGUAACCUUUGAUGCCUUUACUAAUCAAGAACCUAUCACUCCACUUUAAGUAUACCCAAUGACUUGGCCUCCACAGCUGUCUGUGGCAAUGAAUUCCAGAGAUUCACCACCACCUGGCUAAAGAAGUUCCUCCUCAUCUCUGUUCUAAUAGAACAAACUUCUAUUCUGAGGCUGCGCCCUCUGGUCCUUGACUCUUCCACUACUGGAAACAUCCUCUCCACAUCCACUCUAUCCAGGCAUUUCAAUAUUCGGUAGGUUUCAAUGAGA